AUGGAUCUAAGGAAGGCUGCUGCUCUGUGUCUGGGGCUGUGGAGUGCCUGGCUCUGGGCUGGGCAGAGCCCCCAGGCUGCAGCAGUGCUCCCCUAUUCUUCACAAAGACAAGCUGCAAGGAGGGCACUGCCAGCUAGCCAUGCACUUGGCACUUUACACAGGGAUAGCCUGAACCACUUCACCUCCAGAAAGGAAUCCAGUGCAAAGGGUGCAGUGGUGCCCCAUGAAUACAUGCUGGCACUAUACAAGAGAAUGUCAAGGUCUGGGCACAGAGGACUACCAGGCAAUGUGACCAGGGCAGGGGCCAACACUGUCACCAGCUUUGUGGACCAGGGGCAAGAUGAUGCCUUACCUUUGUCCUUGGUACAGAAAUACACAUUUGACAUCAGCACUUUGUCCUCCUUGGAUGAAAUAAUAGGGGCCGAGUUGAGGAUUCUACGCAAAGCCCCCAAAAAUAUUAGUGAAACCCUUCCAAAGUCUGGAAGUCUGGUGCACCUUUACCUGUACACCUGUGCAACCACUUGGCAAGAAGCUAUUCUUUUAGACUCUCGUUCUGCUGACUUGCUGGACACUUUCUCAAAGUGGGAGGUAUUCAAUGUCUUGAAGGCCAUGGGUAACAAUAAAAAGGAUCCCAGUGAUUCGUUGUGUUUGAUGCUGAAGAUGGUCUCUGAUCUUACAUUAUCCUACUUGCCACUAAUCCAACUUGGCUUUCAUCGGCUGGGUCUUUCAGAUCCUGAAAAGGCAUUACUUGUGGUAUCUUCCUAUUCUAAGAGAAGAGAAAACCUUUUUAAGGAGAUUAGGGACAAAAUCAAAUCCAUGGAGAACCCUAAAAUGAUAUACCCACCAGAUUACAGCCAAAGAUCCGUCAUCAAAAGAAGAAGAAAACGGCAAACUCUACCAAAUAGGACAAGUCAUAACAAUAAAGGGCAAGGCAAACGAUCUAAGACGAGAUGUAGUAAGAAGCCCCUUCAUGUAAAUUUUAAGGAGUUGGGCUGGGAUGACUGGAUCAUAGCCCCACUGGAUUAUGAAGCGUAUCACUGUGAGGGGGUCUGUGAUUUCCCACUGAGGUCACACCUGGAACCUACUAACCAUGCCAUUAUUCAGACUUUAAUGAACUCCAUGGACCCUGAGUCCACUCCCCCGAGCUGCUGUGUCCCUUCAAAACUCAGCCCAAUCAGUAUUUUAUACAUAGACUCUGGAAAUAAUGUAGUCUACAAGCAGUAUGAGGACAUGGUGGUAGAAAACUGUGGUUGCAGGUAGCACUUGUUGCUGCCUAUGAAUAAAUAAAUAUGUAUGUGCCUUUUGUCUUACCCUCAAAACAAAAACACAAGCAGAAAAAGGCAAGCCAAGGUAAUCUUAAAAGUGUUUUGGAUCUCCUGUGUGUCACUCAGUAGCCCCUAAAUGUCUUGGAUAUACUGUGUACUAUAGAGCUAGCCAAAUUCCAGGAGCCAGAUGGCAAAAACACCAAAAAAGCUUUUGGGUUGGACAUCGGCUUCUAGAGUGAUCUAUAUCCUUUGUUUUCUGAAAAAAUCUGAAACAUGACAUCCUCUGCUCAAUCCCCAUAAGUCAUGCGGAGGCGUCAACUGUUGUUAUCAUGCUUUUUGUCCAGAAAAGCAAUUGUCACCUUUCUGGUUGGCAUUAUAUAGAAGGGCAAUGUGGUAUGCUGUAUGUAUAAAAGAUCUACAGGCAUUCAUGGUCUGGUAAACUUUAGCUUCUUUUACCCUGCUGAGAGUAUUUUGAAAGUACUCUAGAGAAAUUAGGUCUUUGUUGUGUUCCAUAAUAGAUACCGAGCUUUAUGGACAG